UCACAUCCUCGGCCAUUAUAUAUCAGUCAUUCUCCCUAAAAUCAAACCACAACAAAUUAAUAAGCUUUUAUCUUAUUAUUUCUUUUAGUUUUUUAUUUUUUAUUUUAUUUUGAGGGGGACAAUCUCACAAACCUACAUUAUAUCAAUGGCAUCAUUAGUAGCUCCUACGGUGCGUUCUACCGCGGUUGCCCUUCUUAUGAUAGCUUAUGUUAUCGGGUUUAUUGAAAGUCACAACUCUAUGGUUUAUGGCCAGUCAUGCGACGGUUAUAUGCCCCACAUCACGGGACUAACUAGCUAUUGUAACAAGUACGUGAGAAAAGACGGCCCUAGUAUCCAGCCCUCCGAAGAUUGUUGUCGUGUGAUAAGGAAUGCUAAUAUGCAUUGCUUAUGCAAGUAUGCUACCAAAAGUUUAGAAAGUAUUCUUAGCGUUCCUAAAGCUGUUUAUGUUGCUCAAUAUUGUGGUGUUGUCCUUCAACGUGGAGCAAAAUGUGGAAGCUACACAGUUCCAAAUACGCCUUGAACGUACUAUAUUCACGGUGCGUGGUGCUAUAUUCGCGGUGCGUGGUACUAUAUAGCCGGUUGUAUCUUGUACGUUAUAUAUGCACUAUAGUGCUACUAAUCACAUACGAGUAGAUCAAUAAUGCUUUAUGAUGCCAGAAUGUAAAUGGGAUAUUAUAAUCUUUGUAUUUGAUUAUUUGAUUGAUAUUGAACUCCAUCAAAAGUUUAUUAGUGAAGUGAUCUUCUAAUUAAUUGGAAAUUUGCCAAUAAAUUUUUGUACUUAA